ACCUUCUUGCUGCAAAGUGCAAACAGCCAAACACACCCAAAAGAACCAUGGGCUCUGAUCAGCACAUAGAAAUAGUAAUGCUUCCUUUGAUGGCUCAUGGUCAUCUUAUUCCAUUUCUAGCUCUUGCAAGACAAAUCCACCACCGCACAGGCUUCAACAUCGCCAUUGCCAACACCCCUCUCAACAUCCAAUAUCUCCGUUCCACUCUUCACCAAGAUCCCACUGCCGGAAUCAUCUUGGCCGAGCUCCAGUUCAACAGUGCUGAUCAUGGCUUGCCACCUAACAUAGAGAACACUGAGAACUUGCCUUUGGAUCAAAUUGGUAAAUUCUUUGCCUCAUCUGUAUCACUCAAAGCCCCAUUCCAUCACUUGCUAUUGGAUAUCAUUGAGAAACAGGGCAAGCCACCUCUUUGUAUAAUAUCAGAUACGUUCUUCGGAUGGACUGUGGAUGUUGCAAAGAGCACAGGCACCAUAAACAUUACCUUUACUACAGGUGGUGCUUACGGUACAAUGGCUUAUAUUUCCUUGUGGUCGAAUCUUCCACAUCGUCAGACAGAUUCUGAAGAAUUCAGUUUGCCAGGAUUCCCUGAAAGGUGUCGAUUUCAUGUUUCUCAACUGCAUAAAUUUUUAAGAAACGCUGAUGGUACUGAUCAAUGGUCCAGGUUUAUGCAGUCUCAGAUUUCAGGUUCUUUGCAGUCUUUUGGGUGGUUGUGUAAUACGGUUGAAGAGAUUGAGCCUCUUGGAUUGGAGUUGCUGAGAAAUUAUAUCAAGUAUCCUGUUUGGACUAUCGGGCCUCUUCUACCUAAACCCUUGUUAAAUAAGUCAUCAUCAUCCUCAGCAAAUCGUAAUGGUUUAUACAGACAACAUGCAGGAAAAGAGCCCGGAAUAUCUCCUGAAAAAUGCAUCCAGUUCCUUGAUCUGCAUGAUCCUGAUUCGGUUCUAUACAUUUCUUUUGGUUCUCAAAAUACUAUUAGUCCGUCACAGAUGAUGGAAUUAGCCAUUGGUUUGGAAGAGAGUGGGAAUCCAUUCAUUUGGGUUAUACGGCCACCUAUUGGUUUCGACUUAAGUACUGAGUUUAGAGCAGAAUGGUUACCAGAAGGGUUUGAAGAUCGAAUGAGUAGCAGUAAACAAGGCUUGCUGGUGAAAAACUGGGCACCGCAAUUGGAGAUAUUGUCACACAAAUCUACAGGAGCGUUCGUAAGCCACUGUGGGUGGAAUUCAACAUUGGAGAGCUUAAGCCAAGGCGUGAAAAUGAUAGGGUGGCCAAUGGCAGCAGAGCAGGCAUACAAUUCCAAAAUGCUGGUGGAGGAAAUGGGUGUUUCUGUGGAGCUGACAAGAGGAGUGCAGAGUAGUAUUUCAGGGGAAGAGGUUAAAAGGUUGAUACAACUGGUAAUGGACAAGGAAUGGAAAGGAGGGGAUAUGAAGAAGAGAGCUGAAGAAAUUGCAGAACGUAUGAGGGCAGCUGUGAGAGAGGAAGGAAAGGAAAAGGGGUCUUCCAUUAAAGCAUUAGAUGAUUUUGUUUCAGCCAUUCUAUCAAGCUCGCUGUUGCUUCAGCCUUCAGCGUGCAAUAACAAAGGUCUCUAGUUUUGUACAGUAGAUCAGUAUCGUAUUAACUAUUUUUGUAGUUUUCCCUUUGUUCCUAAUAAAUGGUAUUAAUUAAAUUAAUCGAUUCUUUAUACCCAGUUUAGCAUUGAAAAAAAAAGAGAACAUUUCACAUCCUAUUAUGGUACACAGAAUUAUAUAUAGCUUGUAUAUUAAAUUAUUAAUUGAAGUUAAUUUUUCUUUUCUUUUU